AUGUCACCGUCCAUUCUGGAAAUUCCUGAUCUUCCAAUGGAAAUGAUAAUAAAUGACUUGGAUUAUCUUUCAAUCCAAUCCGUUCGCAAAACUUGCUGGGACCUCCGGAACUUUAUUGAUGACCAGAAACCGAAGAUCUGGAUGAAGACAAUUACCAUUCAUGAAAUGAAUGAUGAAGUCAUAAUGUCAUGCAAUUUCCCUACCUUAGGGCUUUCAGGAUUCAUCCACUUAUUUUAUGAAAAACAUGAAAACGGAUGCUUAAUUCAGGGUGCAACAAGUGAUGGAUACAAAUAUAAGAUUGUGGAAAAAUUGAACUUUGUGGAUGCUGCUUUUCAUGAUUUCAACAUUGCCCUAAAUUUUCAAAAGUCAAUAUUCGAGAAGGUCAAUCACUUUCUUCAAUUCCAUGAGUACAAGAAAUACUUAAAGGUGGUCAAAGAUGUCAGAAAACAUUUGUUCAUUGACGCUUUUGGAGAAACUUUCAAGCCGCCUGGAGAGUACGAUGAAAUUUGGUAUUUCAAUGUUCUUGGCAAUAAAGAAAAAGUCCUCAAGGUGGUUAACUCAUAUAAAGAAUUUAGGUUCCGCUUUGUAAAAAAAUGUGAGGUUCCAGAAGGUUAUGUGAUUAUUAAUUGA